AUGUUUCUUGAGCCAGGUGCGGUGAAUCUACCUUUAAUAGAAGUGUUGCAAGAAGUUCCUAAAUAUGCCAAGUACCUGAGAGACAUCGUGGCUAAUAAAAGAAGGUUGACACAAUUUGAAACGGUUGCACUUACUGAGGAGUACACUGCUAGAGUACAGAGUAAGCUCCCGCAUAAGUUGAAGGAUCCCGAUUGUUUUACAAUCCCCUUGUCAAUUGGAAAAUACGAGGUUGAUAGAGCCUUAUGCGAUAUGGGAGCGAACAUUAGUUUGAUGCCACUAUCAGUGUUCAAGCAGCUCGAUCUUGCAGCCCCCAAGCCUACUACUAUAACUCUACAGCUAGCAGCCCGGUCAUUAGCAGUGCCUAAAGGAAUUAUUGAAGAUGUACUAGUCGAGUGGGGUAGUGCAUCUUUUCCGCUGAUUUUAUUAUUCUUGACUACAUGGCCGAUGAGGAGGUUCUAA